CCGUCCCUCGCUCCUUAUUUAGUCAUUGUCCAAAAAAAGCAUAAAAGAAUUUAAGUCCAAGAACUGCUGCACUGGUAGAAGACAUCAAAGAUGAAUCGAAGCAGCUUGGCUCUUUUCAAUGGUAAGGUGUACUUAGAGAAUCGACGCACGAUGGUUCUUGGUCUCAGUCCUGGAAAUCCACACUAUUACAAAGACGACACUCUACGAAGUCUUUGCCAGCUCGCAGAAUCUAGAGCAGACAAGGUGCUGCUGUUCAUACCGGAUAAGAUCCUUGAACAUAAUUACAAAGCUGUAGGUUCCAAAAACCCUGAAACUUCAGCGAGGGUGAAAUCUAACCGUCUGCGAAAUAAGUGCAAAGAAGUCAUGCAAAGUAUUGGUUGUCAAGCGGAGAAGUUUACCUUCAUCAGCUGGACAACACAAGUUCAGUCCAACCCGUACUAUGAUAAAGCUUAUCAAUGCAUCAGGGAGUUGUACCUUAAGAACGACCAAUUUCGAGUCGAAAUCCAAGAAUCAACACGAGCUGCACUAACCUGCAUGACGAAUGGGCGCGAAAGUGGACAACAAGAUUCCAGUAACGAAACGUUCAUUGAUAUAAACGAAGGAGUCAUAUAUAUAUUAAAAGAACUCGCUUUUCUUGAUGCUCUACAACAUAUUUACGAGAAUUGUCAGGAAUAUGUAUUUGUUUAUCACCGUGAAUGGCCAAUACUAGAGAAAUACUUUGACGGUUUUUAUGAUGGUAUUUCCAGAUCAUCGUUAGGUUUUCUUGUCUUCAGUCAAGAAGGCAACAUAAACGGGUAAUGAUUAUUAAUUAUAAAUAAUACGCUGUGUCUAUAUGGCUGGU